AGAUUUAUAAUUUCAUAUUCAUUGGAAGUUGCGGCUUGAGUGAAGAUUGUUAGUUAAAAAAUUCUUUGAAGGAUUUUUCGUAGCAAAAUGUCGUUUGCUCUGCGAAGUCGUUCUUUGAUUCUAUUGUCACGGCCUGCUUUUCGUAUUGUUCCAUGUCGUGGAUAUGCGGAUGAGAUGGCUUUUACAUUAGCUGCGGCAAAUAAGGUUUUUUAUGAUAGUGCGAACAUUCGACAGGUCGAUGUACCUUCGUUCAGCGGAGCCUUUGGUAUUUUACCGAAGCACGUUCCAACUCUGGCUGUUUUGAAGCCAGGAGUUGUUACAGUGUAUGAAAAUGAUGGAGGUGUUAAGAAAAUCUUUGUAUCUAGCGGGACUGUUACUGUCAAUGAAGACGCAUCAGUUCAAGUGCUUGCGGAGGAAGCACAUCCAGUUGAGGAUCUCGAUUCAGCUGCCUGUCGUGAAAUAUUUUCCAAAGCCCAAGCCCAGCUGUCCUCUGCUACCGGUGAAGUGGAUCGUGCUGAAGCAGCAAUAUCUUUGGAAGUAGCAGAAGCGCUAGUAAAAGCAUCUGAUUAAACAUGGUUGUGUUCAACAUUGCAAUCAAUGAUAAAAAAAAUUGAAUAUCUUCUAUCAACAAAACACAACAUUUAAUAACUCGCAUAAUUCGUAUUACUGCAGAAAUAGUUGGAAAUGCGAAGCAAAGUGGACUAGAACUAUUUACGUGCUAACUGUACCCUGGGACAGUUACUUGACAAUUGAAAUAAAUUGUUCUACUUACGUAGUGCUUUCAC